CAUCAUACACUAACGAAAUAUAAUAUACUUGAAUUUGUUUCUUAAACUGAUUGAAUUGUUCUUUUUUCAUUGAAUUUCAUCACAAUGUACGAACCUUUUGCUACGUUUGAGGAAUUUUUUCAGGGUGAACAAAACAAAUAUGAGCAACUUAAACUCGAUGACGUCGAAAAGUUAAAAGACAGCUUGGCAGCAGAAAAACAAUUAUUAUCACCUUUAACAGACAAAAAACUUGUUGCGUUACUUCAUAGCUGUUUUUUCGAUUUGGAUUUGGCUCGAAAAACAGCCAUAUGCUGUCGUAAGAGUUACCUAGAUCUCUCAUCCAUUUUCGCUGAGCUGGACCCAAUGUCGGAAUCAAUGCAAACAUGUCAAAAAACAAUAAGCGUUUGUGAUUUGACUCAUGACAAAACGGGUAAAGAAGUACGUUUCUUCUAUGCUCAAUUUCAAGAUGUUGAUCCAGAAAAGUUUGAUUUAAUAUCUAUAUAUAAGGCAUUGAUGAUGUAUCUAGAAUAUAUAUUAUUAUGUAAUGGUACAUUUGAUGGAUUUCUUGUCAUAGUUAAUUGUGUUGGCAUACAUUGGCGUCACGUAUUAAAAGUUCCCUUAUCUACAGCCAAAAGAUUUAUAUCUUUUUUUCAAGAAGGGCUUCCUUUAAGAUUAAAAGAAAUUCAUUUUAUGAACGUUGGAAGUGUAUUCAUGAUGCUGCAUAAACUUCUUUCGCCAUUUAUUAAUGAUGAUUUAAAAGAGAAAAUAAAACUACAUGCAGUCGGUUCUGAUGACAUUUUUACAAUUGUACCAAAAUCUAUUUUGCCGAAAGAAGCCGGUGGACAAGCAAAAUCACACGUUGAAUUAAACGAAUUGAUGUAUAAAAACUUAUUUUCUUGCCGUGAAUGGUUUAUUCAGCAGAAUGACUCGUUGAAAAAGCAAUUAAAAUAAUUAAAUAUUUUAACUAUACGAAUUGUUUAUCUACUUAUUUGUUGUAAGAAGGUAAUGGUGUUAUUAUUUAAACAAUUAAAUUUCACACAAUUUAUACAGAAAUUGUGUUUAUGUAAAUAUUUAAUUUUCCAUGUUAAUUUUGAUUUUGU